CCACACUUCGCAACCAUACAAACCAAUACCCCAACAAUGUCUGCAUCCGACGUCACCCACGAUCCCGACUUUAAAAAAGCAGGCGAGAGCUACUUUCACAACGACAAGCGGUACAUCUGGUGCACCGUCUGCCACUGCGGUAUCGCCUGUGGUAACAGUCUUUCGGAUUUCCAUUAUCGCCAACACGUGAAUGUCUUUAAGAGUGGAUGUCGGGAUAAUGAGAAGCGGAAAGCGGCUUGGAAGAGAAAGAGACCGAGGCAGCUUGGGGAGGAGACGCGUAGGCCGGGUAAAGACGCGCAGCAGAGAGUGUUUAGGUCUUGGUUUAAUGUCCCGAAGCCUGGAUGUGCUGAAAAGGGUGCGGAGGUAUCGAACGAGGCCGCUUCUGCGUCUCAAAAUCCCCCCACCGCCCUCCCACUAUCUUUCACCUCUGCUUCGGGCGCCCCUGCUGCUCCAAGUGUCGAGGAGGGCAGGCCGACGGUCAUCCCACAAGUUGGCGAGAAGAGACGGCGAGAUGACGUAGAGAUUGCUGAGAUUGGAGUGGAUAAUGGCGGAGAGGAAGAUGUAGGAGGUGACAGAGUCGGCAACACUCGUAAAGCCAGCAAACAUUCGCCAGUACCCCCUGAUCUAGAUCGAGCCCCUCAGCCAUCUUCGUCCCCUUCAUUGACAAACAACACUCCUCCUGUGAGCGAGCAUGAGCAGAGACACCGGAAAGAGUCAGAACGAGGUGCGGACGUUGAUCCCCUCCACCUUCUUUCAGAACCGGUGCAGGCUGUGAAGGCUCUCUAGAACGCUUUGAAGGGCAGGUCAUAUUCUGUACAUAUCUAUACCAC